AUGAAGAAGGCCAAUUGGCGUAAAGCCAAUAAAGAUGUUGACCUGGUCAACUUUGACCAGGAGAACCCCCGCCCCCCCGUUCAUAAUUGGAAGGCCGGCACUUGUGCAAUCAAGAAAAUCCACCACUUCCAAAGCUCUACCGAGCUAAUCUUCCCGGUGGCCCCGUUCCAGCGAUUGGUUCGGGAAAUUACUUUGUCCUGUUACCAAGGACAUGAAUAUCGCUGGCAACGUACUGCCAUUGAGUCACUUCAGGAGGCCGCUGAAGCGACCUUGUGCGCUCUGUUUGAGUGCUCUGUUAUGGCAAUGGCGCACCGUAAGCGCGUUACGGUCAACACCGAUGAUAUGAAGCUCGUCCUUGGCAUCAGUGCCAAGAUCGGGUCGAACUAUUUCGGCCCGAUUGAUGCGCCUGAUCGCCCCGCCCCUGCCGCCACCACCCGCCGCCUGCGUGCUGGCCCCGCCCCGCCCACCACCGCCUCCCUGCCUCCCCCCGGCUCCGACAGGGUCUCCGCCCAUCAAAUGGCGGGUAUUAGAGCCCCUGUCCGGUUCACAAAGCCGGUUCUGGCGGAGCAGGAGGAGGAGGAAGACGAUGAUGACAAUGAUAAUGACGAUGAUGAUGAUGACGAAGUUGCCUUUUAG